AUGGCAGACGCCGCCGGUUGCGAGUUUGAAAUCGACGUGGAGAGUUUGGAGACGGAGAGCGACGAUCCUGCAGAUUCCCCCGGCUCGGCUCCUCUCGGCCAGUGUGAGGACGACGGAGACGGCAUCAAGGGCCAAGACAAGCCCGGCCCCAGCGGCUCAUGUCCCGGGGAUCAGAGGAAGCUGAGCCGGACACCGAAGUGUGCCCGGUGCCGCAACCACGGCGUGGUGUCCUGCCUGAAGGGACAUAAGCGCUUCUGCAGGUGGAGGGACUGUCAGUGCGCCAACUGCCUGCUGGUGGUGGAGAGGCAGCGCGUGAUGGCGGCGCAGGUGGCCCUUAGGAGGCAGCAAGCCACGGAGGAUAAGAAAGGAAUAUCUGGGAAACAAAUUCCAGCAGAGAGGAGGACGAUAUAUCAGCGACACAUUCGACCAUCCACCAUGCUGGCCAAAAGCAUCCUUGAAGGAUACCGUCCAGUGCAGUCUGAUCCAUUCCUGGCGGCCAACCCGUCUCUCCCCCCACCGCUGAGCGACCGCAUGAGGAAGAGAAGGGCCUUCGCCGACAAGGAGCUGGAAACCAUCAUGCUGGAGCGGGAGUACAAAGAGCGAGAGCUUCUGGAGAACAGCCAGGCGUCCACGGCCUCGCUCCUCUUCCCUAACAGCAUGGUGCACCACGCCGCCGAGUACAACUCCUACAAGACGGCCUACUCGCCCGCCACUCAGGUCGAGCCCCAACCCAAAGAGCUGUGCAACUUCCUCCCCCCCAACUGCCUGGAUCUGUCCAUGCAGUACCCCAACGGUUCAGCCAAUGUCGAGCUCAUCUCCUCCAACGUCAGCGUGGCCACCACUUAUCGCCACUACCCGCUGCAGCCGUCGCGAGGGGGCUUCAUGAUGUGGCCCCGAGGUGCCGCCAACCUGGGUGACGCCCUGCUCUAUCAGCAGUGUCUGUUCAACGCCACAGCGGUGCAAAACAUGAAGCCGGGUGCCGUGUGGGAGCCCAAGGUGAUGCCUACUGAGAGCCAGCCACCAGAGCAGGAUGCUGCUUCUCUGGCUGUCUCCGCUAAACUGGAAGGAUCCCGAGCGGCUGCGCUGCAGGACUCGACAGACCCUCAGAGAGCUGAUCCCAAACCUCAUGGUGUCGUCCAGGUCCAGGGAGGGCAGAGGGAGUGCUCAGCCUUCUCUCCCCCUAAGAGGAGCUUUGGACAAUCCUUCCCCAACAACUCUCAUUCCCAAAACUCCAGCCAAGUCUUGAACAAGCUGAGCAAGGACAGUGCUAAGCUUUCCAUGAAACUCAACUCCUUUCACUCCCUGAUCCAGCACUCCCUAAGUGAAAAACCCAGCGGUGGGGCCGGGCCAGAGCUCAGGGCGCCGUAUUGCAAAGAGUUCUUAGAGGAGGCUGCCCGCAAGUUCAGGGAGAGCUCUGCCAAAGACGUUCAGGCCGUCAAAAUCACAGACAGAUACGCCAAAGACUUUCUGUCCAAACCUGUAGGGACCAAGAUGGCAGCCAGUGAGGCUUUGUCUUUCUCUGUGGAAGCCAUACUGAAAAGACCCACACCUGCCAUGAGUCGAGCAUUCCAUUAA